UCUCCACUGGACGGCGACGGUGAGCCGAACUUGGCUUCCGUUGAUCCAGAAGUCUAGGUCAAGUAAGCGUGGCUAAGCAUUUAGACGACGUAGCAGGUAGAUGUGCGGCCCACGCAUGCUCCCCACAGGCCUUAUUCCAAUUAUCAAGUUGGAUACUGAAUGCUGGAUGCCGGCAAGCUGUCGACUUGGGGCGGUUUCUUCAUCAGACAAAACACUGACAAAGAGGAUGGCGAAUAUCCGACGAUGGGCGAGAGAGAAAGCAGUAAGGUCAAGCAAGCAUGGUCCGUAUGGGCUAUGGACUGUGGACUGGAUGCUGCUAUUCUUGGCCCCAAGCGUCGAACAGGUAACCCUUCCACGCUCUCGAGAACGAACCGGCUGUCUAGCCCUAGUCGGUUGGAAACGAAAGGCAAAAAAUGAGAGGGAGUUUUCUUUGACCGACAUGAAGAAAACAGCAUCAUCCCCUCUUGGAUCCAACAUCAAGGGGGUCUGGCAGGGGGAGGGGGGAUCGAGCGCGGCGAAGGAUGUGAGCGAGCAUUCGAGGGUGCAUUCGAAAGAAGGACGAGGAGUGUAUCCCGGAUUAAUCUCGUCAUUGGACCCCUCCUUGUAAGUCAGCGUUCGCAGUUGUUUCCGCUUGGCGU